AAGUUGUUACAGCACAAGGGCCUAGUGCAGAGCUACCAUCUACAUUCCCACCAAGAAGAGCAGUUGGAGAGGGCAAGAGUGCAGACGAAGCAGAGAAGCGUCUGCUUUCAGAAGCUACAGGCACCACACAGAGAAGGGCUGUGAGAAGCAGUCUUCUCUGGAGCAGUCAGUUUUGAAGGAACAGGAGCAGUCAAGUUCAUCACAGUGGGAACAACCUGGAGAAGGGCUAAGCAAUCAAGAAACAAUUGGAAAUAAGCAGCAAGAUUUGAGCCAGGUGCCCCAUUCAACACAUCAUCUGAGAAUACAUCAUCUGUUACCAAUGAGAAUUACCCUACUUUAACUGAAGAACCAUGAUUGGAGAUAAUGAAAAUCCUGGGAGGACCAGGGCUAACAUUGAUGAAACUAUCCAGUCUGAGAAGUUAUGUCUAGAUCAGGAACAUUCUCCUGGGAAAGCAGUUCAACAGGAUUACUGCAUGCCUGAUGUCGUAACUGUCAGAAUACAGACAGAUUCUGAUUCAUUCCAAGAUGUAGUUGUAAAAAUUGAAAGACCUACCUAUCAAAAACCAUUUCUGGGUGGAUUUAAGAACAGGAUAACAGGAGUGGAAUUUCAUAAUGCAGGAUCACAAACAAUACCAAAAAAACUACCUGAUAAAGGAAUUCUUGUAUUCCAUAGGGAAACACAGACAGUUUUUGAAAAAAAUAAGCAACAACAAACAACGAAUACAACAUCAACACAAAUGACUAAAACUGGCUUGUAUGUGUCAAACAAGACUGACAAACUAAUAACUCCUGGGAAGUAUAUUACAGCAGAAGAAUACCAUAAACGUAGACUUGAAGCAGUAAUAGUAUUACAGAGAGAUUUCCGUCGUUGGCAUGCUACAAAUAUAGUACAAAAACUGGGGGAAGAAAAGAGGUUAAGGCUGGAGUGGGAGGCACAAGAAGAAAUACGGAGAAAAAAAGAAAAAGAAGAAAAACUGAGAAGGGAGCACAAGCGAAGACUGAACCCUAAAACAAAAGGAGACUUCGAGCUACUGUACCAUGCUUUAGAAUUAUGGAGGCGGGAGGAGACUGAGCAGAUUAACAGAACUCUUACUGGAGCUGAAAGAAAGGCAGCACUUUGUGGACUUCUGGAACAAGAGGCACAGCUGAUUGCUUCCAUUGGGAGACACAAACUAAAUGCAGAUGAGGAGAAUCGACAAAAAGCGAUACUGCACUUUCUGAAUAAGUGUGCGCAACCUAAGAGAUGGAAAGCAUAUGAUGGAAAAAUCACUGAAAUGGAUACACAGUUCACACUCCGUGCCAGAGAACUGUUGGAAAUCUACUGCAGCAUUAGUAUGAGUGACAUCCCACAAGAUGAGAGAAUAGAUGUGCUACUAACACUCAAACGUACAGUGAAGGAACAUGAAUGUAAAUUAACACAGGAAAUCAUGGAAUUAAUUGACAGGGAAAUUGAUCUUAUGUCAAGAGAGGUGAAAGAAUGUAACUUGGAAGGACUAAGGAAAAGAAUUUGUACGUUAUUUCUUCAGUUUAUUAAAAUUCCGAAGUUUAACCCUGAAGUUGCUAAGAUACUUAAGGUUCCACCAGAUCCCUUAAAGCUUUAUAAAAACGUGAACUGCUGUCAGACUUGCAAAAAUUACUUACCGUCUACUGCGUUUCCUGUUGCUGCUAAUACCCACACUACUGGCAGAUGUCGUUUGUGUUGCAAGCUUGAUAAUGAGGCUCGGCACCGAGAAACGUUUUUGAAGUGCAAACUUAUACUAGAAAACCUCAGAAAGUCUGAAGCUGAUUAUCAGGAUGAUGCUAAAAUUGUUUUCUUACUUCAGCAUCAAGAUCUGCAAUACUUGAUUGAGAAAAUAUGGGGCAGUCAGUCAGCUCUCAGUGCCUGCAGUGACCUCUAUGAUUUGGUUAUGGUCAGGUGGGAUAAGCAGCAUGAAUGGUCUCCAUGGAACACUAUUCUUCUCACUGAACAUGAGGCAGAUGCACAUCUUAAACUGUGUGACCUUCAGAAGGCUUACGAAGCAGCGUUUAUUCACAGAAUAAGGCAUAAGCAUAUCUGGGCAAAAAACUACUUUGCUCAGAUUCAAGCCAUGGCAUCAUUUUUGCAGAGGAGUGAAAAUCAGACAAAUGCAAAUGAAUUUUUAAUAGCUACGCCUUUUCGUACUGGUGCAAAAACAUAACUCUUAGGUGAAGUUAGCUGAAGUUAAAGAAGUUAACUGAAUUAUUGAUUAAUACAAUUUCCUUGGUUUUAAAGAAAUGUACUGUUUCAAUACCUUAAUUAUAUCACACAGAUCAAAAUAAACUUCUGAGGAUAAAAUAA